CUCUCCCUUGCGCGCCUUCCGCAGCCUGGGGCUCGGCCGGCGCCGCAGCGAUGGCUGGCACCGAGCCGCCGAGCCGGGAGCGCGUCCUCUGCCUCUUCGACGUGGACGGGACGCUCACGCCGGCUCGCCAGCCUGCAUUGGACAGCACCAGAACAGACCACACAGUCCUCUCCCUACUAACCCACAGUCCACUGGUGACCUUUUGAGAUCUCCCAGAAUCCACUGCUGCUGGCAGCUGAGCUGGGAACUGUGGGAUGACUGUGUGCUGCUGGGCUUGGGAAGAUGACAGCACCCCUUCCUAUCGCCGUGGGACUAGGCCUCACAUGCUGCCAAGGCUGAGCUGAAUGCCGCAGAAGCAGAGAAGAGAAGUGUGGGUUCAUGGGAUGCUGCCUGCAGCUCCAUGUGUGAGCAGCUCCCACAGCCCACUCACAGAGGCUGCUGUGAGAGCAGAGAGAAGAAAAUUGAUCCCGAAGUGGACAAGUUCCUUCAGGAGCUGCGUGAGAGAGUCCAGAUCGGCGUGGUGGGAGGCUCUGACUACUCCAAGAUAGCUGAGCAGCUGGGGGAAGGGGAUGAAGUCAUCGACAAGUUUGAUUACGUCUUUGCGGAGAAUGGCACCGUGCAGUACAAGAAUGGGCAGUUGGUCGCCAAACAGGCUAUCCAGAAUCACCUGGGGGAGGAGCUUUUGCAGGAGCUGAUCAACUUCUGUCUCAACUACAUGGCGCUACUGAAGCUGCCCAAGAAACGCGGGACCUUCAUAGAAUUCCGCAACGGAAUGCUGAACAUCUCUCCCAUUGGCCGAAGCUGCACCCUGGAGGAGCGAAUAGAAUUCUCCGAGCUGGACAAGAAAGAGAGGAUCCGUGAGAAGUUUGUGGCAGCCCUGCAGAGAGAGUUUGCUGGCAAGGGCCUACGGUUCUCUCGAGGUGGUAUGAUCAGCUUUGAUGUCUUCCCUGAGGGCUGGGACAAGCGAUACUGCCUCGACAUCCUCGACGAUGAGAGGUUCGACACCAUCCACUUCUUCGGGAACGAGACGACCCCAGGAGGGAAUGAUUAUGAAAUUUACGAUGACCCCCGGACAGUAGGACACAGCAUCCAGUCUCCCCAGGACACAGUCCGAAGGUGCCGUGAGAUCUUUUUUCCAGAGAGAGCUAAUGAAUCGUGACUCUAUUACCCCUUCUCCAGCACCCCGCCUCCCAAGAUCCCACAUCAUGAAAACCACCUUCAUUCGAGGCCUCUGUGCAGGGCCCUUUUAAGAAAGAUUUCCAGAGCUGGUUGUGAGGGAAGGAUUUAAACUGAGGUGGAGGAGGUGAUAGGGAGCGGGGUUAUUAACCUUCCACUACCCCCAGUUACAGGUGGGCUGUGUGGGACCAGGCUCCUUCCUGCUGCCAGACUCUCUUCCCUUUUCCGGGUGAACGUUCAGUUCUUGGUGGGAGACAGUUCCUGCUCUGUUCAUCUGAGGCAUUUGUAGGGGCCAAUCACAGUCUCACUCUCUCUAAACAUAUUUGCACAAGGGAUGCACUCCUCAUCAGUUAGCACCUUUAAAUAGGAAGCAGGGUCUAGGACCCCCGCAAGUCAGGUGGUUCUCGGACUGCUUCACACAGCAGACCAAUCCUUAAAGGUGAGCUGCAAAGGGUUUUAAAAAAUUAUCAGGGCUGUAACCCCAUGCUCUGGGUGUCCCUAGUCUUUGAUUGCCAGAAGCUGGGAGUGGGCGACAGGGGGAUGAUGGAUCACUCAGUGAUUACCUGUUCUGUUCAUUCCCUCUGAAGCAUAGGGCACUGUUGACCAUAAGAAGACCUGAUAAUAGCUAGAUGGACCAUUGGUCUGAUCCAUUAUGGCUGAUCUUAUGAGCUUGUACCCUUUUUAUUUAUAAAAAAUAUAGAAAAAGGGUGCACUGGAUUUCUGUUUUUGUUUACCCUAGAAACAUGAGGAAGGUUGUGCCUGAUCUCUUAUUUUGCUGGAGGACUUGUGGGAGGUCUGUGGGGGGUUAUUCUGCCCUUAGCACCUCAGUUGAAGAGGUUAGGAAGUGGAAACUUUAACAAAGACAUUUUUUUAACUAUUAGGCAUUGGAGUUGGGUGGGUAUUAAGUUU